GUCAGUCAGUCAGCAGUAUAAUAUCUCUGGAGAUUUCACUCCUUUUCCUCUCUGAAUGUUUCAUUUGUUCAAACGCGCCUCAUACGAUGAGGAUUAUAAUCUGGAGCAUCGCGAGCGCUUUCCUGUUCAGCGUCAUUUUUACGCAACGACAUCGAAGACCAGUUUUUACAUGUGGCGGGAACCUCACUGGAGACACAGGACUGAUUGGGAGUCAGGGGUAUCCUGGUGUCUACCCACCCAACAACAAAUGUGUGUGGAGAAUUACAGUCCCUCAGGGGAGGGUCGUCUCCCUCUUGUUCCGGGUUCUGGAUCUUGAGAGUGAUAGUCUUUGCAGAUAUGACUUUGUUGAUGUUUACAAUGGCCACAUCAACGGGCAGCGUCUCGGCCGCUUCUGUGGCACUGCCAAACCCGGAGCGCUGGUCACCAGUGGAAACAAGAUGCAAGUGGUCAUGGUGUCAGACGCCAACACAGCUGGGAGUGGUUUCCUUGCUGUAUACUCAGCGAUUCGCCCAAAUGAAAGAGGUGACCGGUAUUGCGGGGGUCUUUUAGACAAGCCCUCUGGGACGAUAAAGACUCCUAACUGGCCAGAUAAAGACUACCCAGCAGGAGUAACAUGUGCCUGGCAUAUUGUUGCUCCUCAAGACCAGAUCAUUGAGCUGAAGUUUGAGAAGUUUGAUGUGGAGAGGGACAGCUCCUGCCGCUAUGACCAUGUGGCUGCGUUUAAUGGUGGAGAAAUGAAUGAGUCACGGAAGAUCGGCAAGUUCUGCGGAGACAGCCCACCCAUGCCAAUUUAUUCGGAUGGCAAUCAUCUCCUCAUCAUGUUUCUGUCUGACCUGAGUCUAACUGCGGAUGGAUUCAUCGGCCAUUACCGCUUUAAAUGGAGGAGUCUCAGCACAGCCAGCGCCCCUCUCACCCCCAUGAGCACCAUCCCACCCACCACACGGCCCGCAGCCCUUACAUAUUCAGAAGGUCUUUGCAAGCAAAAAUGCAAAAGGACUGGGACAAUUGAAAGCCACUACUGCUCUAGUAACUUUGUGAUUACCGCCACCCUUAUCUCAGCAGCCAUGAGGGACCACAGCGUCCUCGCCACCUUUUCCCUCAUACACCUUUAUAAGGAAGGAAGUUUAGCCAUUCAACAGGCUGGGAAGACCAUGAGCACAAAAGUCACGGUCCUCUGUAAAAAAUGCCCUCUAGUCAGAAGAGGGCUUAACUACAUUGUCAUGGGUCAGACAGAUGAACAGGGACAGGGUAUUGUUUCCCCUUAUAACUUUGUGAUGGCCUUCAAAACCAAGAAGCAACGGGAUCUGGGAGUGCUGAAGAAUAUUCGCUGUUAAUGUGCUGGAGUCUGGAUUUCUAUGACCUAUAUUAUUCACUUGAUGUAAGUGCAUUUAAUAACAUUCAUACUUGAAGGACUCUUCCAGUAUUUAAGACUGCUUUUUCCACAUUUUCCCCGACAAUAGAACAUUUGCAAAAACUUUAAAAAUAGUUUGUUUCAAUCUUUUUUUUUUUUUUUAAGGAACUUGGCUUAAAUAUCUUUGACAACAUAAAUCAAUGAGGCCCUCAAAAUCAUUUUAAAAAUAACUUCUAAAAUAGUUAUAGUAAAAAGCACUUUCCUUCAAGAGUUGGACUGGAGAUCUGAACUGUUGCAGAGCACGGUGGAAAAAUGAAGGCACUCACUACAACAAACUGUCAUUUGCAGUAGCUUAGCUGGGGGGUGCUGACAUUUACGAGAGCGGCGGACAUGUUGGCCUUUGAAUCUGACAUUUAUCUAAUCUAUCUAGUGUUGUAAUGAGUGAACGAAGAUUGAAGAUGACAAAAUGAAAUGUUGUCAAAAUGAAGUGCACUGUAAAUUGCUUUUAUGUCAGCCGAGGUUACUACAGAAAGUUCCUAUGUCACUUCUGCGAUGCAGUAUUUUAUUUAAAAUACUGUAUGCUCUUGUGCAGCUCAGAAACGUAUUAUAACUUGAUUUUUCAAACAAUGGGAAAAUGAAAUGAAAAUUGAGUGGAAAUGAAAA